AUGGCGAGUAUACCACAGUCACCCAGCACGGGUUUUGCAGAAGAUGAGACGAAAGUAUUAAUUGAAUCGGAAGCUCGAUCUACGAAGAAACGACGUGUCUCUGGUCGUAAACGAGAUCCAGUAUGGAAUCAUACAACCGUCUUUCUAGACAAGCGAGUGGUUUGUAACCGAUGUGGUGUAGUCAUUCAUCGUUACGGUGUCGCCAAAGUGGAGCGAGUGCGCAAUCACUUUGAACGUAAGUGUCCUGGUGUACAUGAUCAUAUGGAGUCAUUAAGAAAUGGACAAGAAGACGUUACAGAGAUACAAACACUAGUUGGGAUUGAGCUAAGCUCAAAGGUACUGAAAAGUACGUCUAGUGGCAGUAAUACCAAUGGAAACAAGAGCGGUGCUUUUAAGCGUAAAUUUGCCUACUGGUUGUAUGCAACAGGACAAUCAUUUGACAUUGCAGAGAAUGAAUUGCUCUUAAAUGCACUGAGAGUACUACGAAAUGAUGUGGUUUUUCCUACAAAGCAUGAGCUGGAGAACGAACUUCUGGAUCUGGAAUAUACAGCAUCAAGGAGCAAAGUAACCAAGGCCAUAAGUGGCAAAAAGUGCUGUCUUACGGUCGAGAAUUGGGUGAAUGCAGAAGGAUUUAGUGCUAUCACCUAUGGUGUGAUAUGUGAGGGUGUAUCGUAUUAUCUUGAGGCAAAGACUGCCAUGACUCAGGAUGGUAGGGACGAGUUGACGCCUGACGAAGUGGAAGCGGUGCUGGGUAAGGAGAAGAAGGCGGAAUUUUAUGGGAUUGUGACACCUACUACGUCGACUCUGUCCAAGUACACACGCAAGAGGAUACAAAAGAAACAUCCGCGGUGCGCCUUCUUUUACGGCUGUGUAACCAAUGCGCUUACACUGCUGCUCAGCGACGUAACCAGUGUGCUGCCGUGGUUAGAAAAGAUUCAGAUAUCUGUAAACGAGAUGGCACAGGUGUUUCACGGAAAUUACAAGCUGCAGAUGUUAGCUCCAGGCGCCGAAGAAUGCGAGACCCUGGAGUUUCCAGACUCUCGUUCGAUCUGUGCUUCGUUGGAAGCUUUGCUGAAGCAUGAGAAGGCGCUGCAUAUGAUUGUAGCGCGUCGAGACUUUGUAGAGGCUAGCACUCCAACGGAACAGGAGAAGCUCAGGCGAGUGCAGGACUUUGUGCUGAGUGAAUCAUUUGCUCAAGACCUGGUCAAUUCGCUGGCGAUUCUUCGUCCGCUGCAGCAGCAAUUAAAGCAUUUUCAGGAUGACCGACCUCCAUUGUCGCAUGUAUUCCCAUGCUUUGUCGAGCUCUUGACGGUCUACUCGUUAAAGGAGUGGGUGAGCAAAAAGGAGAAGGCACUUAUUACUUCUUGCGUGACUGAACGCUUGAACGCUAUUUACGACGAUUCUCAUGGUGUGGCGUACAUGCUGGAUCCGCUUUAUAUGGGUGAGUCUUUUGAUGAGACGAAAAAGCAGGAAGUGAAGAGCUUUAUUUCUCGGUUUUGCGAACACGAGGGACUUUCCGCGGACACGACGCUGACGCAGCUGGAAAAGCUUAAGACGACGGUAACCGAAUUAAAACAAAACAAUCAAGCGUACUGGCAGCUGCUGCAGUCUGGUGCCGUAUCACUGCAUGACUUUUGGAUGGAGCGUCGGGAGCAGUUCCCGCACCUGCACCAGUUGGCUGUAGCGGUGUUUGCACUGUCGGCAUCGAGCACUUGUAGGGCUCCGUCAUUUGGUAUGCAGAGCUUUACUGUCCACUCCCGCUUCAACCGCAAAUUACCACCGGGUCAGCUUCACAAGCUUACCCAUGUAUUUUGCAACUCAAGGGAAGAGACGUCGACGUCAGCAUCUCAGAUAUUGUAG